CCGCUCCAGGUCGCGCUCCAGCUUGCGCCGCAGUUCGAGGGGGCGGAGGAGCAAGCCGGCGCCGAACGGCUGCGGCGGGACCGCGUCUGCCUGGAGGAGGCGGCGGGGACGGCGCUGGCCGGGGUGCCCACGGACGUGCGUGGCGUGGUGCGGGUGCUGAGUUGCCCCGGCUCCAAGGAGGUGACGGUGCGCUACACCUUCAACGAGUGGCUUUCUUUCCUGGACGUCCCCGCCCUGCCGCUCCCCGACGGGGACCCUUCGGAUGUCUCCGCUCCGGUCGAGCGUUACCAGUUCGCGCUCUGCCUUCCUCCUGGUUUGCCAGACGGGACGGCCGUGCAUUUCGCUAUCUGCUACCGAAGCCAACAAGGGGAGCAUUGGGACAACAACGGCGGGGCCAACUAUACCCUCCGCGAUUGCAGCUCCGAGAAGUCCGCAGCUUCCCUGUGAUGAGACUCGGGAGGCGGUGGCGACCGCGAUCUGGGAGCAAGCCAGCUCUUGUGAGAGCCUGCAAUUGCUCCAGAAACCAGCCUAAUUUACCUUGCAUCACAGUCUUCCGGAGUCCUACAGCACAGCAUCCUAAGGGUAGAACCGCCCACGGCUUGCCUGCGCCCCUUUCUUUCUUCUAGCGGCCCAAGCUUUGGAGAUAGCGAGCCGUACCUUCGCACUUUAGCCUUGGUGCCGCCAACCUCGCAAGCCAUGCGGGCUUGAAGCUGGAUCCGAACUGGCAGCCCGAUGGGAGAAUCGUGGUCGGGCUUAGGAGAGAGAAGCGUGCGUCUUAGAAAAGUAGAGUUUAUUGUUACAAGAAUCCUGAAUGUUUUAGCACUUUUGGGCAGGAAAAGAGAAUGCUUCUAAUAGGAAGACUCUCAUUGGAUAGGAGAUCUGGUGAGGUCUCCUUUGUAGCAUGCGUGUAUGAGUGAGUGGGAAUAUAUCCGCUUUUCUGCAUGAAAAGGAGAGAAUGAACUGCCAUAGGAUUGGAACUUUGUCCCCUUCAAAGCCAUCUGUGAUUUGGGCUACACCUUCCUGUUUUAGGCAGUGACUUCUAAAAAGCCUAGAAGAAUGCCGCACAAAUUCAGGAUGCUUCUCUGGGAAAUGGAUAAAUAGAGCUAUGAAGAAUAUGGGUUUGUCUGUUUGAAUGGGGUCUUCCCCUCCCACUUGACUAUUGUGCCUUAGAACAAAGCUUCUUUAUAAUUGCAGCUGUGAAAUUAUAAUGUUAUGUUUGCAAUGUAUCAUUCUCUAAGGGAUGACUACUCACUCAUUUUUACUGUAAGCGAUGGAGAGGUAUGUUGGAAACUACUUACUUACAAGGUUACUUACAAAUCUUAGCAGGAAUUGAUCAGGUCUUGAAGAAAUGAUGCUUGGUUUGCAUUGAAAAUUUUGAUCUCUGCUUCAGUUUUCCAGGAAUCACAUGUCACAUAAGAACAAUACAUAUGAUAUUUUGGGAUCUGUAUAAGGUAUGAACUAAGUAUGUGUGCGAACUCAAAUUUGGAUGAUAUAGCCAUUUAUUUGUAGCUUGCCUCUUGUCUAGAGGGUGACCAAAGGAAGAGGGAGGUAUAGCAGAAAUUUCCUAUCUAACUGCAUGUUUCAUUUUUCCCCAUUGAAAUGUCCUCGUUUACAAAAUUAUUACAAGUAAACAAUAUCUACCUUCUUGGGUCUUUGGCUGUUACAUGAGCUAGCCAUGAGUAGUGAGAAGCACAAUUAAUACUUUCUGAAUUGACUGCUUUGUUCUUUAAAAAGCAGAUUCUGUAUACCCGAACCAUCCCAUGUUGGAGCUUGAAGAGUUCUCUGGCAAUAGUGGAUGGAGCACAAAACAUUUUAUCUCCCAUAAUGUGAUGUGUUUCACUUCAUGUAGAUUUUCUGCCACAAAUGACUUAUUAAAUUAGCUGUAACUUUACCAUAAUUCAACCUCCCUGGGCAGCUGUUAUGAAGUGCAAUAAUUCUGGAAGAUUUGCUGCUGACUUCAAUUCUGAAGAAACAGUUCAGUAAACUAUUGAUUAGUUAAUUAGUUUCUUCCAGAUUUCAUCAACCUAAGAGAUCUAAAAGGCCUAUUUAGCAAUCAGGUUGUAUUAAGGUCUCCUUAAUAUCAUUCCCUUCAUAUGUAACUUAGAACAAAUAGAUUAUUUGCCUUUCAAGGGUAAAACUGCAGAUGUAUACGAUCAUGUUCUGCAUUUUAGAUGUGUUGGAUUUCAAUUUACAGAAUCGCUUGCAGGUAGAGUCUACAGCUAGGAAUUCAGAAUAUUGAAAUCUAAUGCAUAUGAAGAGUCCCAGUUAGAAAAGGCUAGGGUAUGCUUCCAAAAAUACUGUUCUAAACAUGGAAUGCUGGGAUCUUUUUUAAUUAGCAUUCUGAGCUUUGGGAGAAAAAUGCAAACCCUGGGACUUGUAAGAGAUAUGAGUGAUACUUUGGUAGUAUGAAUUAACUGAUUUUAUCUUAUGAGUGUUGUGUGACAGAAAAAUACUGUAUAGUUAAAUGCCAUAGCUAUUUAACAAGAGAGUGAAGGGGGAUAGAAGAUAAACCUUUUAAACUAUGCAUGGUUAUUCAUGUUUUGCAGCUGUAGUGUGUUGUGAUUACAUCUUUUGUUAGGAAGACCUCAUAGUGUAUGUUUUUUAAGGAGAUGGGAAUACCUAAGAUUUUUUAACAAAAUGCUUGCCAGUUGUUCACAGCUGAUGCCAUAAUACCGGAAGAUGUGUAAACAUGAGUCUAGGUGCCUUGGCCAGGCAUGGCUUCCAAACAGGCAUAUUGCAUGUUUGCAGAUUGGGGGGGGGGGGGUCCCCUUCAUAUUCUAUAGCAUUCCUGUAAAGGAGAUAGAACAAGCAUUUAUUUUUGUUGUGUGUACAGUAGUCCUGAGUUUUCUGGCUGCUUGCUGAUCCACAGGUAUUUAGAACAUAAUCAUUAUGAACAAUAUACCUUUCUUUUUAAAGUUGUUUUAAAAUUCAUGGUGCUCCUAAUAACUUUUGUUUAAAGCACAGACUGACAGAAUUAUAUAUUAAUCUUGGACUCAGCAGAUGAAUAAUGGGACGAAGGUUAGACUGUAAUUGAAAUUUAUAUGCUGCAAGCCAGGAUCGCAAGAGGCACACUGACUUGUAGCAUUUUAAUUUUUAAAAAACGAUUGUUUCUUGCAACUGAAAUAAUACAUUUAUUAGUUCAGUAUGCAGAAAAAAUUUGUUAUAGUCACUUUAAAAAGAUGCUGUAUUAUAAAUGCACAAACUUCUGUAGGGUUUAUUAUUUUUUCUUCAAUAUGGUUGCCAAAAUGUUUUAAAUAAAUGUUGCAACUGAAAAAGUUGAAAAACUGAAAAAACCUAUUCCUUUUGGAAUAGAAAAAACUUGAUACUGUGCCACAGAGUCAGUAGUGAGUCAUAACUAAUUUCCAACAUAAACUUUGUUGCCACUACUGCCUUAAGUGGUAAGAUCCUAUUAUUUUAAGAAGAGAAGCUAGUUUGUAUCUUCCCUGAAAUAAUCAUACAUGUCAGUAGGAUAGCAGAAGAUAGGUGGAAAUAUGUGGCAGAAUAAAACUUAAUAUCUAAGUUUUGAAUAGGCACUUUGGGAAAUGUAAAAUAGAGCAGAGCUUGAUUUCUUACCAGUUCAAAUGUACAAACAGAGUCAUUUUCUCUUUUUAAAUUUUUCCCCAGAUUUGAAAACAGGUAUUCAGAGAGAUGAAUAGAUAUUAUGGCAAGUAUGUUUAAGCUGUAUGGUAUCUAAACAAGAUCAUUCACAGCAGGAGAUGGAAAAAAUUGACAAAACACCGUGUGCCUUUUUAGCAAAAGCCAGUAAGAACUGGUUUUGCCAGAAUGUAGAAAACAUCUCUCCUGGGCAGUCUUGAUGAAAAAAUAUUCAGAGGAUAUGAACAGAUUGCCUUGAGAUCUUUGGUUUGAAAUAUGUUAAAUCUAUGAACUAUGUUCAGUGGGUAAAUGAUUCUAUCCUCCUGUCCGAACAAUGCCAAACAUGCUUCUAGUGCCUUUAUGGAGGCAAAUGGGGAGAGGAUAUUGGACUGGGUAAGAGUUUCUUUAAAUAUGCACUGGAGAUACACUAAGCAAUUAUUGUCAACCUUUAAAAAAAUAAAAUGCCUUUCCAUAUCAAUAAAUGAUAUUCCUGUCUGCUACACAUGACAAUUCUUGCCUUUGGUGUAAUGCUUUGUGUGGGUGUGUGUGUUUUGUGUCUUAACCAAGCCUCUGUAAAUGUGACAAAACUAUUGCAAAGGAGAGGCAGGGGAUUUCAGGCAGUCUUGAUAUUAUAUUGGAUUGGCAAGAUUGCAUUGUUUCUUAAAGCUCAUAUGGCGUCAAUAAUGGCAAAGGCUGUGUCUGCUUUUAUUCAUUGUGUUUAAAUUAUUGAAAAAUUGAUUUUAUGUGAAAGAGAUUAAUUCUCUGAUGGGCUUUGAAGCUGAGACAGAGAAUACAUAAAACGACAGAAGUUGAAAUUUUUCAGUAUGUAACCAGCUUUGGUUGUUCUAUGAAGCUGAACUGGCUAGUACUUGGAUGGGAGACUCAGGAAAUCCCAGGAUUAUGGGCCACACUGGGAAG